AUGACGGGGGACACCUGCAGCCUUCAACAUCAUGGGGUGCUUUUUUCCUACCACAUAUUUUUCAUUUUCCUUUGCUUUUCUCAGACUGAAUAUUAUAGAAGAAAGCAUUCCCAUUUCCAUUUUUGUCUGCAAGAGCCUCUUCCAGUGGAAUGCCCGGGCAGCUCCUGGGUGGGUGCCCAGCUCCACCGCAGGAGGCCCGGCCCGCCUCAUCCCCGAGUCUUCAGCACCACAGCAGUGUUUGUUGAAAAAGUGCUGAAGAGACUUUUUCCUAAUGUUCCACGUGGCCAAGAAAAGAAGGCACCAGUGACUUUAGCCUCCAAAAAUCCUCUGGAGAAAGUAGAGUCUAAGGAGGUGACAGGCAGAAUCACACCUCCCCAGACAGUCGGCAACACCAGGACCCGGCCCGAGAAGCGGCGCCGUACUGCGAGUUUGCCUCCUGAAGGCCACCUUCCCACUCCGAGCCUGCCAGGGCCCCGCAGCCGCACCAGCUCCCGGAGCUCCUCCAGCAGUGACGGCCCCGCAGAUCAGGAUCCUGAUGAUCAACCAAAGAGAAGAAGAAUUAGAAAGCAUAAGUCAAAGAAAACAUUUAAAAAUCCCAGCAAUGCUCAUGAAGCGCGAGCAGAACCAGAGAUCCAGCGGACUCUCCCACAGGACACACUGCGGCCACGGCCCCCGGACGGCCCCACAGUCAGCAGAAACCGAAAAAGGAAACUGAAAAAGAAGCAGCGAAUCAAAAGGAAGAAAGCAGCUGGCUUCCUAACAAGAGCCUCCGGAGUCGACUUCAUGUACCAGCCUGAGGAGAGCGGCAGAGGGCAGGAGGCUGUGCCCGGGGGAGAGGGUCAGCCAGGCCCGGGGGCCACCGACAGGGACGCCAGCGCCCACGAGAAGGCCAGCGGGUCCUAGGCUUUCUGAAGUCAAUACAAGAAAUCUGUGUUUACAGUGGUAUGUUUUUUCCUUUUGUUCUUUUUGACUAACAGUGUCCACUUAUUUGGGAAAGAAAAGCAAAUAUAGUAAAAUAUUUCAUUGUUUAAAAUACAUAUUAAAGUACUCAACAUUCAAAAUAAA